CCCGCCCGGCCCAAGCCCUCCCGCCCUGGGCCGCCGCCCGCCUCCCCUCGCCCAGUCUCUGCGAAGCGGCGCCAGCCUCCUCGGGGAGCGGCCGGGGGAGGCGCCGGGUUCAUGUUCCGGGUCGCUGAAGCUACCCCGACCCGAGCUCAGGCGGCGAGGAAGAGCUGGCAUUUCAGUAGGACUAUGGAGGAGCUGGUUCAUGAUCUGGUCUCAGCACUGGAAGAAAGUUCAGAGCAAGCCAGAGGAGGUUUUGCUGAUACUGGAGAUCAUUCCCGAAGCGUGUCUUGUCUUCUAAAGAGGCAGGCAAGAAAAAGGAGAGGUCGGAAAAGGCGUUCAUUUACCACCCAUCAUCCCUGGGAGACUGGUCACUGCCUGAGUGAAGGCUCUGAUUCCAGUUUAGAGGAAUCAAACAAAGACUACAGGGAGAAUCAUGCUACCAAGAAAGACCACAGUGAUUCUGAUGACCAGCUAUUGGUUGCUAAACGUCGGCCUUCCUCAAACUUAAAUAACAUUCGAGGCAAAAGACCUCUGUGGCACGAACCGGAUUUGGCUGUGGACAGUUUGGGAAACAGAACUUUGCGCAGGAGGAGAAAGGUAAAACGCAUGGCGAUAGAUCUGCCAUCAGAAGUCUCUAAUGCACUGACAAUAACUCAACAGCAGGAUAACGGCAGAGAUCAAGAAAUGGACAAUAACAAUAAAUCAUACCAGCACCAAGAGUUUUCCAAGAGCAAAGUGAAAAAAAGAAAAGUAUCUGCGGCUCGACAAGGUCCAGAAAUCUUGGAUGAAGGAGUAGUUAUAGAAAAUGAAGAAGUGAAUCAAGCCAAUAAGGACAAAAUGGAGUAUGAGGAGCAAAAAGGCUCAGAUGAGAACAUGAGUGACAGUGAAUCCAGCAGUCUGAGCAGCAGUGAUGCUGGUUUGUUUACCAAUGAUGAGGGAAGACAAGGUGAUGAUGAGCAGAGUGAUUGGUUUCAUGAAAACGAAUCAGGUGGAGCAUGUGGAAUCACGGGAGUUAUUCCGUGGUGGGAGCAAGAAGAUUCCACAGAACUGGAUAGAGAAUUGCCUGACCCAGUCUUUGAAAGUAUCUUAACUGGUACUUUCCCUCUGAUGUCCCGCUCAGGGAGGAGAGGUUUCCAGAGCAGAUGUAGUCAUCUUCAUGGAGUGCCAGCAAGAAACAUAAAAAAGGCUUCAGGAAACCAGAAUGCACUGAUAACUCCAGGACCAGGUGGUAGCAGGAAAACAGUUCACUUGUCCCAGGAUUCUCUUCAUCAUGAUCACUGGUUUAGCCCUGGGGCUAGGAAGGAACAUAGCCAGCUUCAACUUUUGCGAGACAACCGCUCAGAGAGGGGACACAAGAAGAACAGCUCUGUAAAAACAGCCAGCAGGCAAACCAGUGUACAUUUAGGAUCACUGUGCAUGGGAGACAUCAAGCGGAGAAGGAAAGCUGCUCCCCUGCCAGGACCCACAGGCUUUGUAGGUGAAAACACCCAACCAAUCCCAGAAAACAACAUUGGGAACAGAAUGCUUCAGAGUAUGGGCUGGACCCCAGGCACGGGCCUCGGACCAGACGGCAAAGGGAUAGCAGAGCCCAUACGAGCCAUCCAGAGACCCAAAGGACUUGGACUCGGAUUUAGCUGACAGAGAUAAAAAUAAAGCUCGAAAUAAAACAGAAAAGGAAAAAAGAAAGAAAAAGGAAAAAAUGGCAAACAUAUUCUUUGUUGUGGUUGGCAAAUCCUGUUUUUUUCUUCUCUCAAAGAUGGCUGAGCUCAACGAGCUUCACACGAGCUCCACCAGCUGCAAGGUGCAGCCGCAGUGACAGAACUGGCAUUCGAGUCUAACUUCAUAAUGGUGCUAAAAUGUACAAAAACUUCUACUUUUUUAUUUUCUGUGGUCUUAAGGUUUGUAUUAAGCAUAAAAUUCAGUAUACUCAC